CAGUGCACCCAGAUAGAUAUAUCUUCUCUCUUCCGUUGAUCUAGCAAAAGCUUCCCAUCCCCAUUUUACUCUCUCUCUCUCUCUCUCUCUCUCUCUUCACACACACAGACCCACACUCUCUCUCACACUGUUUCUCCGCCAAAUUCACCGACUCGAACCGCUCAAUCCACCGCAGAUCCGAGCCCUCCGCCGCCAGAUCCAACCAGAGAAACCCUAAAUCUUCGAAAAUUGUGGCAAUGGAGGAGGCGUUGGAGAUGGCUCGAGCCAAGGACACCAAGGAGAGAAUGGCUGGUGUUGAGCGCCUGCACCAACUUCUAGAAGCCUCCAGAAAGAGCCUGUCGUCGUUGGAGGUCACUUCUCUCGUCGACUGUUGCUUGGAUCUCUUGAAGGACAACAAUUUUAGGGUUUCUCAAGGAGAUAGUGAUGUCACAGAAAAACCAGUAGACCCGAUUAAAGUUUACUCUGAGAGAUAUGCAGUUGUUCCUGAUGACAACGUCAAAAGGAUAAAUUUUGCCGAGGGGAAGAUUUGAUUCUAGAAGUAAGGAAUUUGCAGCUUGAUUUUUGAAAUAGGCUCAAAAUUGAGAUCUUGUUGGAAAUUUUUUAUUUUUUGUAAGAGCAUUUAAAUAUCCAAUGUGCUGAUUGGUGA